GAGUAAUUCAGGUUACUCUGGGGGUUUCCCAAACUGAAAGUAGCCGGUGAUCGCCAACAGGACGACGGUUCAUCAUGAAGAAAGGAAGUGUUUUGAUACUGGUAGGAGUUUGCCUGGCAAUAGUCACCCUGUCAGAAUCAGUGUUUUUGGAUGCCUGUGGAGGUCAGUACAACACCACAGUGGAGACACCUAUCUCGGUGAACUUCUCGGCCAUCUCUAACCAGACGUGUGUGUGGUACAUAAAGAGUGAUAAAAACACCAGUACAAACCUCUAUGUUAGUUUCAGCCUCCCUACCACUAACAGCACUGUCACGGUCUACUCCGGCCACUACCAGUCCAACAGUACCAAGGCUACAGUCAUUAAGACAUACAAAGCUGGUGAUACAGUUUCAGAAGAACUUGUGAUCUCUGCAGACAAAGUGACAUCUAUUGUCUUUCAUAAUAAAAAUACAACUCAGGGAUCCCUACAUGUCACCUACAACGCAGACGAAUGUACCAAUCGAGUGGAAUGGGCAAGGCCGAUUGUCUCCCCUGUUUAUCUGCCUGGGACAGGUCCAGUGACUUGUGUCUAUCAAAUGACAUUGCCAUCAGACAGGAGGACCUCUGUUAUGUCUUUUACAGACUUCAGUCUUGUGAAAGGUUCUCUCCUCGUCCAGAACGGCAAUAUCAGCCACAGUCUCACAGGCAUUAUUCUACCUGAUGACCUUCUGCUUGGCACCACUGGAAACCUGUCUCUUACCAUAGCCCUGAAUAACAACUCGGCUCUACAGCAUUUUAAGGCCUUUAUGACGGAGGCAGAUCCUGGCUGUACCAGGAAGGUUAAUUUCAAUGACAGCCUGCCGUACCAUUUCACCCUUCCCUCUGACCAAAGCCUUCCUCUCGAUUGCCUGGUAAUUGUUACUGCACCUAUAAAUACCACACUGGUGACAAUAGUACAGGACCUUGUGCUGCCAGGGGGAAGUAAUUCUGUCAUAUUACGAGAUGGAGGCAGUCAAGCCUCUCAAGAAAUAUCUACCCUCCUCUCCAGCAGCCAGAGUGGUCAGCUGAUUGUAACCAGUGGAAACAAACUAUUUAUACAGAUCAGAUUGGAGAAAAGUCUGCAAAAAAGUACUGUGAACCUAGAUUUUAAACCACAAGGAGGAGGAGCAGGGCGUUACCAUGGCAGUGGGAAACUCAGUCUGGACGCCUCACACUUCACUAACAAUAACUCGGUGUACUUCCUGGUGACAGUACCGGAUGGCAGGGCCCAGGUUACCUUUGUAAAUGGAAAAAUAAAGAAUGCCACCCUUGAAGUAUUUGAUGACAACACUCCAUCAAAAGAAAUAGCUGUAUUCAAAAAGGUGUCUGACUUCUACACUAUAACUGGAAGUGGGCAAAGUAUCCUUAUAAAAGCCAACAACUUCCUUGGUGUUCAGACAUUUACUGCCAGCUAUAAUACCAUCAGACCAGACUGUGAUCAGUUGUCUACAGGACCAUACGAGACAUACAGCAUGAUUGGUAAAAGUGGCACUCAGUGUACCUGGUCAAUCAAGCCUCAAAUCAGUGCAUGGCUGCUGGAUAUGACUAUGGGCCAAGUCAGGUUGUGUCAGAAUGACACCCUGGCUCUGUACGAAGGACUGACCAAAGCUGUCAAGAAACCUAUAAUUACUCUCAAUGCAAAGACCCAAAACAGCCUGGUUCCUACUAUCUACUCUCAGAGUCAAAAUGGCUUCAGGUUGGUUCUGAACAGUCCCAAAGGCAGCUGUAGCAAGAAUAACUCUGCCAUCGUAACAUCAUCCUACCAGACAAACAUGGCUAAGUGUGGUGGUACCCUCAAUGCAUGCCCCACUGGGAUUGUGAACAGCCCUCAGUUCCCAAACCAGUACCCUAUCAAUGCCCAUUGUAAAUGGACCUUCAUCCCUAACAAGAAACUAUUCAUACUGGUAUCAGUUGGCAGCCUUGAUCUGAACCCCAAGCACAGCCUCACAGUGGAUGAUGGGAAAAAGAAAAUGUCGCUAGCUGGAUAUACAGAUGUGGAUCUAUUGCUGCCCACCACCAAUAAGUCAAAUCUGGUACUUGACUUCAACAGUGUCAACCCCAAUACAUCAGGAGUGCCCACAACAGGGAAUGGCUUUACCAUCACUUACACAUACUUUGACUGUGGUGAGAAAAUAAUAGCUGACAAAAGUGGGAAGAUUGAUAUAAGCUCCAAAGCUUGGAACACUAGUCGUUUGUGUAUUUGGCAGAUACAAGCUCCAAGCCCUGGCAAGGCAAACAAUUCCAACAUUCUGUCUCUCAACAUUUCAAUCACUGGAAAUACUACAUGGGAUGUUGUGACAAUAUUAGACGGAGGUUCGAGGCAAUCCCCACUGCUCGAGUUGUCGGGCAAGGGUAAAUCAGUCAACAACACAUUGACAAGAGGUCCGUAUGUAAUGGUUGUGUUCAGACACACCAUUCACACAUCUGAGUUAGCAGCCAACUCCACAUUCCAACUCAAACUCAGCUACACUACUUACCCCUGUCCUUCCACACAGAAAUGUCAGAAUGGAUUGUGUAUCCAUCCCGACUGGUACUGUAAUGGGGUCAACAACUGUGGCGACAACACUGACGAACUCAACUGUACUUACCCUGUCCCCAUAGUACCAACAACGACGCCAAAAUCACCUAAAUCUGGCAAAUCUUCUGGGGUGAAGUCGUAUGUGGUGGUGAUAGUGGCUCUGAUUUGUCUUGCACUUGGAAUUGUUUUGGCCAUUGCUGUACCAGCCAUGUACAAACGCAUCAAAUACCCCAACUACAGACACCUCCAGGACCUGAGCGUUACUACGUAAACAUCUACAACAACCUCACAAAUGUCACCUCUACAACUGAUAGGCCUUUUAGACUAGGUGGCCUUAACAAAGAUGUCAUCCUUAUAACAGAUGACUUGUAAUCUUAGAGCUGUGACUGUGGUUACUACAAAAAUCUUAAAAUUACUGAGCUUUUAUAUCUAUGUAACUUUGGCAACCACAUCAAUUUCAAUCCUACAUCUAUUUAUUGACCUUGUAUACCACGGUUACAUAGAUACUGAUUUGACCUUUUAUACCUAUGUUACUAUGACAACUACAUAUGAGUCAUGGAUCUGAAUAUACAACUAUUGAUUGACGUCUUAUACCUAAAUGACAAGGGUAUGAUACCCCAGGCCUUAGUAUUGUUUACUGGAGAUCUGAGAUUUCUAAUCUGAUGUCAGAUUUAGAUACUUUAUUCAAAAUAAAAGGUAAUGUCCAAAUAGGACUUCUAAAUUUGUCCUUAUCAGUGGAAAUAUUAAGCUAUUUGAUAAACCAAUUUGUUGAACAAAAGACGAAAUGUAUAUGUGUGCCAUAUUGAAUCUUUUUUAUUAUGACGGCAAUUUUUUUGUUAUAGAAUAUGCACUUUAUAAUAUUGAGUUCCUAACUCAAAUGUACUCUUUCCUUUGACGUACCACAAAACAGUUGGUAUUGUGUAUAUAUGAUAUUUUUGUAUUUUGUACAUCUUAAGUACA